GUAUUGGUUAAUAUGUCAAAUUUCUUGGCGGCAUGUUUGGCGCUUAAUUUUUGAUGCUAUUUUGCAGGUUAUGUUAUUAAUUUCAAUAUUUUUUAAAUAAAAUUAUCGAAUUAGAAAAAUAUGAAUGUUUCUCUAUCAAAUAAUCGUUUUAACAACUCACAAAUUUUGGAAAGAAGUUUAACGAUAAAUAAAAUUAAACGGUCUAUGAAACAAGAGGUUAUAUGGGGAACUUUGAAUUUCGCCAUACUAUCUAUUAUUUUAUACGAUUUAAAUGAAUCUUGCCCUUCAAAUGCGAGUUACUUUCGUUAUGGUGAAUAUAUACUUGUAAUAUGCUUAACGAUUAAUUUAUUUUACUAUCUUAUAAAAAUAAUAAAAGUAUCUUUAACAUAUCCAGAACCCUUGAUAAUUAAUGAAGCACAAAAGAAAUUAUUAGGUGUUAAGGACUCCGACCCUAAUUAUAAAGUAAUUCAAACCCCGGUUAAAAAUGGUACCCCUCAAAACAGUAGCACUCCAUUUAAUAUUACCCUAAGUAGAAAUAUUUCUCAAUACGAAAACGAUAGUUUGAAUUAUUCAAUGUCUUCCCCAUCAUGGACCUACAUAAAAGGUACUUCCGACUUAAAUUCUAGUAAAUUUUCACCUAAACGAUCCCCAGUAACACAGCAGACUCCCGUUAAAUCUUCAUUUAGAGAUGUUUCGUCAAUGGAAUUAAUUGAAGAUGAAGAUUCUUUGAACAAAUAUUUAAAAGAACAUGAAGAAAAUGAGAAAGCUAAUAAAUUGACUAGCAAACAAGAACAUUCAUCAAAUUUACUGAGUUCAUUUUGGAGUCAUCCAGUAACACAAACUGCAAAAGAUGUAUCUGAAUUUCUCAAAAAAUGCCAGUAUCAACUAUCAACUCAAUCUCCUAAUAAGAUAUCCGGUAGUCCUAAUUUAAAAAGCGAUGAUAAAUCUUCUAGUCCAGCUCAAGUUUCUGCUCUUGAGGUUUGGACUCGUAUUAACGUUGAUAGUGUAGCUCUAACACAGUGGAAUGAAAAUAUAAGAAAAUGGAUUUCUCAAACGAUUUUAGAACGUUUAGUAACAGAAUUUGACAGAGUUACAGCUGCUUUAGACAAACACGGUUUGUCCGAUGUAAAAAUUGGAGCCGUUGGACUAGAUCGCUUAAGAAAAACGGCACAAACUGCUUCGGUAGCACAAUUUAUACCAUCUUUACCUGCCUUGAUACCAUUUUUGGAGGUCACUAGUAAUCAAGAAUAUCUAGAGAGAAGAAUAAGAGAUUUAACUAAAGGAGGUUGUAUGAGCGAGUUCAAAUGGAAUAGUGGAGGAAGGUAUGGUGGUAAAGAAUGGGAUGAAUCCUUACCAACAGAUUGUGCAGUCAUAAUGCACCUUUUGGCAUCUUAUUUGGAUACUCAACUUAUGCCUCUACCGAAUAUGCCUGAUACAAAAGCCUUUAGUGGACACCAUUAUUUGAAAAUUACAGAUAAAGUACCCGUUUUAACAGGAAAUAGUUUAUUUAUACAGGAAGUUAGUGAAAAACCGCCUCAUUAUAGAGUAGUUGUAGCCGGAAAGACUUACGAAAUGGUUAAAGGUUACAACAAUUUGUUCCAUAGCAUAUUAUUUUUUAUUUAUCACGUAAACAAAAUGGAACACGGAAUGCUGGGAAGAGUUAACUUGGGAAGAGCUGGCGUUAAUAUCCUGUGGGUUAUCGACCAAUAAAAAUGACUUUUUUAUAGAUAAAUAUGAUGUAUUAAUAAUUAAUUAAACUGUCAAAAAAUGAAAUUAAA